UCCCGGGCUGAGCAGGGAGUCGCGAUCUGAUUGGCCGAGGAGCGCACCAGCUCUGAGUAAAGCAAAGGAUGCUCAGAGUGCUCAGCCAGUGCAUGGAUGCAUGCAAAGAGGGGCCGACGACGACACCGGGACACAUGCUUAUUAUCAUGGCGAUGCUCUACAGUUCUGACUCAAAACUUUGAAAGAUCAUUUGUUUUCCCGGCGGGGGGGGUGGAUGUGUUUGCGCUGCGAGUCAAGUGUGAUGUUUUGGCCGCACGCUGUGAUCCCCCACUCACCGGCGCUUCCACCGACACAUCCUCGCGGGAGUGAUGGGCUCCAAGUUGACCAGACAGAGAAGUGUCGACCUGCCCAAGAGGAGGCGGCAGAGGCACGACGCUCACGGGGAGGGCGAGCGAAGUGGCGGCGGAGACUUGUUGUUCGCCUCGUUGAUGCUCCAGUCCGACAAGCUGCCGGGGAUGCUGCGGAGGACCAACCGCAGCCCGUACGUCCGGCGUGUGGCCUGGCUCCGGGAGAUCCAGAGGCUGCUCCGGGAGCAGAGGAUGGAGCAGGCGGCCGACGUGCUCAAACUGCUGAGAAAGGACCUGGGCCUCCAGGGGACGUCACUCAAUGACAUCUUGUACAAGAACGCGGCUUUCCUCAACCUGGUGGACCCCAUCUCUCAUGAGCUGCUGCUCAGUCUGGCCCGGGACCUGCAGUGUCCAAAAAGGGAGACUGACUCCUUCAAGUCGACCAACAAGAUCUGCCGCCAGCUGACGUACCACCUGACCCCUCACUCCAAGUGGACGAGACAGAGCGUGCCCAGAAGGAAGUCUCAGGCAUGUCUGAAGACCACGCUGAAGAAGAAACUGUCUGGUGAUGUGGUCAACCUCUCGGGCAUCCCGCUGUCUGGCCGAGACGUCCACCGCGUGGCCUUCUACCUCCAGAGCAGCAGUGACGCGGUGACGGCCGUGGACCUGAGCUUCACUGAGCUCCAGGACGAGAGCUUGCGGCUGCUGCUGCCCUACCUCGGCGGCCUGCCGAAACUCACCAUCCUCGCUGUGAACGGCAACCGUCUGACGAUGGCAAUCCUGAAAGACCUGACGGAGACAGUGAAGGAUCCAAAGAAGUUCCCCUGCCUGGCCUGGAUCGACAUGGGCAACAACGUUGACAUCUUCACCGUGCCGCAGCCGCUGCUCGUGGCCCUGCGGCGCCGCUUUGGCCUGCGCAGCAGCCUCCCCACCAUCUAUGAGUACAGCGAGGCGCAGGCGUUCAGCCGCUACAAUCCAAACCUGGAGACCUCUGUGGAGGAGCCCAGUCUGUACGAGGAGGGAGAGGCAGAGGAGGACGAUAGAGAGGAGGAGGUGGACAGGCUGGAGCUUCAAGCCUGGGGCUUUGGAGAAGUGAACGUGUCAAAAAAUGUGCCACUGCACUUCUGUGGGAGGUGAUCGCCCGGAGCUGCGUUCUCUUGGACUGGCAGCCCCUUAUCCUCCUCUGUAUCACCUGGCCCCGAGUGUAGCCUCCUGUGUGAGCAGGUGUCACUGUGGCAGAAGAUGCUUGCAGUGAUGCCCGUUUCUGAAAAUAACUUUGAAAAUAGGUAACUGUAUUGUGAUUCCCCCUCCGGAUGCUCUGACCCGCUGAAAUCCAGCAAUGUGAUGCGGACCGCUCUGUGUUUGUACAGACAGAUUGACUUCACCUCCGUCCGUCCGGGAGAGGUCGUCGGACUGAACUGACGAGGCUUGCUGUUUCCCGUCGCUUAAUGUUCUUAAAGUUUUUCUGCACUCAAACCUUGAAGCUUCCUAAUAUCUGUCACUAUCCACUGGGGCAGCUGGGGGUUAAGUGCCUUGCACAAGGGCACCUCAGCAAUAGCUGUUGAGGGAGAGAAGGAAGCGUUACUAAUUCAUUUAUCUAGUCUGGCCUUUCUUACAACUUUGCCCCCGCUGCCCCCUUUCUGAGAAAAAUCAAAGCAACUACUGUAAACAUCUUCCUUACGAAAUCAAACAGUUUAAUUUCAGCUGAUAUUUUUGCUAUGACAUACAGUGGGGUUCAAAAGUCUGAGACCGCUCUCCAGUUCAAGUGAAUUUUAAAUUAAACACCAAUGCAGAUUAUUUUUAGUCAGAGCUCACACCGAGAUUUUGUUCACAUCAGAUGUUCUUCCAGUUUUGCCUCCAGUUGGGACACAGCAAUUAUUCAGGAAUUGUUUUUUCAGAUAAACUGUGACUUAGGGUGAAUAAAUGAAGCUGGCCAAAAAACAUUUUUAAUGACGCUUCAGUACACGCUGAUGUUGCAGCCGCGCUGAGAAAAGCCAGAUGCAGACGACACAGAGAGUGUUUAUGCGAGAACCGCUGAUGAACUGAUCACUGCCUCGGCCGGGUCUCAUUAGGCCCCUUCAGUCACAGAUGGCGAGCGCUAGAUCUAUAUUUUUUUCCCCGGCAAAUAGGACUAGCCCCAGAUAACUUUGUCCACUGGUGGUUCAUGAAUGAUUCUAUUUAUGGUUCAGACCUUAAGCAACGAGAAACAUGCCCAUGCUGUUUUUAAAGGCACACACAGAUUUGAUAAUGACACGAUUACGAACCGCUCUUUUAUCUUCUCCUGUGAUAGUCUCCACAUAAAUCCUUGUUGUGGCAUGAAUAAAUUGCUAUAGUUUCUUUGUGACUAUUCUUUUUUUUGUUGUUGCUGUUGUGUAGGUGUCAUCUUUUAGUGCUGUUUUUAAAAUGUGGACAUGACUGUUUACUGUGGCUCAAUAUCAGAUGCCACAGACAGAGUAUGUUUAUACAAUCAGGUCCAAGAGUCUAACACCACUUUCCCAUUCACUUAAAUAGGAGAGUGCUCACAGACUAUUGGACCCCACUGUAAAUACUAAUACAUCAAUAAAUAUCUCAUAAAUUUGAGUGUCUUUUGGGGGGAUUCAAUAAAAAAAUUGUUGCAUGUGAAUGCAACUCUGCAAGAACACACACUGGAUCCUGCCUACAGAUAUAUUUUCCCCAUGCUGUUAUUCAGGAAAAUCUGCUUAUUUGUGUUUACAGGGAUGUUAAUGAACAGGAUGUUGGUGUGUGUGUGCGUGUGUGAGUGUGUGUGUGUGUUUGUGUGUGUGUGUGUGUGCGCGCGCGUAUGAGAGCAUAAUUAGAGUGUGCAUCUGUGUGCAUGAGCGUGUUUUGGACAUGCAGAGUUAAUUACUACCUUUGACCAUAGAAAUGAAAUGUUUACUAAUUAGCACUUUAAGGACAUCUGCGUUCCUGCAUACACAAGCUUUGUUUUUAGGGAUUGCUGUUGUUGUUGUUGUUGACGACAUAAGAACAUACGGAUUCAGUCACAUCCUAUCGCCUUUCAAUGUGAUAGAUAAAUCCUCAGCAUUCAUACAAAUCACUGCCAUGAUGAAAUCAUUAGUAAAUAUUAUUUAAUGUCGUCUUCAUGGCUCAUGAAAUCAUGUCUCCCUUUUUAAGGGAAAACAAUGUUUGCCUGCUGUUGCUUCUCAAAUAAACAUGACUUGAAUAACAA